GCCAUAGAAGAACAUGAAAGUGAAGUCCUCCAACUUGAAUGUAGCAUGGAAAGCUCUCUGCCAGGUGAACAAGAGCAAAGUCAUUCAGCAGGUACUGAUAUACUGGUAGUUGUUUAUGGUAGAUGGUAUUUUAUUAUGAAAGUUAAUAAUAUACAUGAAAAAAUUUCUCUGUGAAUUUGAUUGGCAUAGAGCAGUGUACUUUUUAGUAAACACAAUGCAAAAACAAGGAAACAUAAGGCAAAAAGAAAGAAAUACAAUGCAAAUUUAUCAGAGAAUGAAAAACUGUGAUUGGGCCAAUAAACAAUAGAAAUUUAUCAGAACUAAUUAAGUGCCACAAUUUGCUGGUGGGAAGCAUGUAUACUUUUAAAACUUCCCCCUUUUUGGUGUAAUUAAUUAUGCUCUGUUGUCUUACCUAAGUAAUCUUUCCUUUUUCUUGUAACACUUUUUUUCUCAAUAUUUUAUUUUAUGAAUUUACCUGAUUAUUUUUAUUUAUUUAUUCAUUGUGGGUUGUUGUUGUUUUUUUUUCAUUUUUGUAACCAAGAUUUUGAAAUUAAUAAAGGUGUGGGUGGGCGUGUGUGUGUAACAAAUAAAAAUGUUAAAACUUUCAUAUAUAUAUUUUUUACAUGGACUCAAAAGAGCAGCUAUAUAAUCAGUGAUUUUGUUACCUCUGCAUUCUAUCUAUGUUCCUGACACAUAAAAAUCGCCAAAGACAUAAAAUAAUUCAUGGAUAUAUUGAUCUGAACGUGUGUAUGUAGAAAUAUCCCGUACGUGUAAUUUCUGUGGCAGUUAUGGUUGUUGUUUAGUGAUGCAUAUUUGUUUUAGCCUUUGUUGACUUCUGCUUUAAAAUAGAAGAACUAUAUUUUAAUUUCAGUAUACUAUAAUACAGAGUUUUGGAGUGUGUCUUCAGAUUAACUGUCUGUGGCUGGUACAUAAAGGCCCAAACAUUUUCCAUUUUGGACUCAUUUUUUUUAACUGGGACUCAUUGGUUCUGGACUGGGACUCAUGAUUUCUCACAAGAUGAGUCCCAGAAUUCAUCAUAUUUAUUUGUAACAAAAACACUGUAUAAUUCAUUGAUUAGACCUUUUGUCAUGUAAUUCAAGUGUUGUUGUUGUGGUAAACAUGACAAGUCAUCAUGUCUGUACUUAAUUCUCCAUGACUGGAUUGUAGGAUUUUUGUUCUGUUUGUAUUGGAUCGUGCAUUAUUAUUAUGGGAAAACUUACCUUAGGGUUGUAUUACUUUGACUAGGACAAAGUUAAAAUACAUUGAAUUCUCAUAGAGAUAAUUAUUUUUUGGAUUAUAAUAAUGAGUUCAUUGGUUGGGUCACUCCCAUUAUAUUUGAUGACUGGUUUAUGAAAUAUCAGCACUUAGAAAAUGAUUGUCAAGGUUGUUGUAUUAUCCGAAGUUUCAAAAGUAGAAAUAUUGUGUAUUUUCUAUUUGAAAUCAAGUUUUGAGAACACUUCCACAGAUACAGCUUUAUAAUAGUAAUUCUUGUACAGUUAUACAAGCAUACAGUACUAGGGUGCGAAGAAAAGGAGGUCAGUUCUGUGCUUGUUUUUCGGGAAGGCUGUAGCUUGCAUCUGUUAGCCCAAGAAUCACAACUCUAUUAUCCCUCAGGCAAGAUAAAAAAUAGAAUCCACUAGCCCCAUAGCUUAUAUGAAUUGUGUAGUUGGUUAAUACAAAUAAUUCAUUUACUAGGAGAAGAGUUGGAACAACACACUCCUGCAGUAGAAAAUGGCCCAAUUGAGGGAGCAAGCAAUGUGCAGGAAACACAGCAACCUCUUCCAGAAGUAAAUAAUAGUAGCCACUUAGAAGAUGACCGCCUAAUUGCUAGAGCAAGGGCAGUUGGUGUGGACUAUGAGUUUCCAAAGCCUGGUGAAGUGGAAACGGAGGAUGACAGAAGAAAAGAUUUUAUUUACUUGAAUCAAGUCCAUUCCUUUUUCUCUCCAACAACAAUGAUAUAUUAA